AGCAAGCACGUCCCUUCAACUUCUUUCUUUCCCAUCACUUCCUUUCUCAGAUUUUGACUGAGAUAUAUGCAUACAUAUGUAAUUUACAUUUCCACAUUAGAAAAAUUCAUCAAACUCAGUGUUAUACACGGUUUGGUGAGCUUGCACCAAACUGUUGUUGCAAGUUGCAUACUGACUAUAGUCACUGCCCAACUUUUUAUUUGCCCAAAAAUUGAAGUUGAAAAUAUUCUCAGAUAUUGUACGAUCGGAUCUUACGCACAGAGCUUAAAAGUGGGCGCGUGAAGGAUUUUAGCUGUGUUUUGAUCAAAUUUGCUGCUGAUUUUUGGAAUUUAUUUAAGAUAUAAAGAGCGGAGGCAGACAGCUGUAGCUGAAGGAAGGAUGAGUGAGAGCAAGCGUUUUCAGCUAGGGACAAUUGGAGCUUUGUCUCUGUCUGUUGUUUCGUCAGUAUCGAUUGUGAUAUGCAAUAAAGCGCUUAUGAGCUCUUUAGGUUUCCGUUUUGCUACAACUUUGACAAGCUGGCAUCUACUAGUCACUUUUUGCUCCCUCCAUGUGGCGCUAUGGAUGAAGUUAUUUGAACACAAACCUUUUGAUCCAAGAACUGUAGUUGGAUUUGGUAUUCUCAAUGGAAUUUCAAUUGGUUUGCUAAACCUUAGCCUUGGUUUCAAUUCUGUUGGUUUUUAUCAGAUGACGAAGCUUGCAAUCAUUCCAUGCACUGUACUAUUAGAGACACUAUUCCUCAGCAAGAAAUUCAGUCGGAGCAUUCAACUCUCUCUUUGCGUUCUUCUUUUGGGUGUUGGAAUUGCAACUGUAACAGAUCUACAACUGAACUUCUUGGGCUCUAUCUUGUCACUCCUUGCUAUUCUUACGACUUGUGUUGCUCAAAUUAUGACCAAUACCAUCCAGAAGAAGUUCAAGGUUUCUUCAACACAACUGUUGUAUCAAUCUAGUCCAUACCAAGCCAUGACUUUGUUCAUCUCUGGUCCAUUUCUGGAUAAGUUUUUGACUCAGCAAAAUGUAUUUGCCUUCAGAUAUACACCACAAGUGCUGGUUUUCAUUGCCCUCUCCUGCUUGAUCGCAGUCUCUGUUAACUUUAGCACAUUCCUUGUGAUUGGAAAGACAUCCCCUGUCACCUACCAAGUCCUUGGCCAUCUCAAAACCUGUCUAGUAUUAGCUUUUGGGUAUAUCUUACUUCAUGACCCAUUCAACUGGAGGAAUAUUCUUGGAAUCCUUGUUGCUUUGAUAGGAAUGGUUCUCUAUUCAUAUUAUUGCAGCCGCGAAGGUCAGAAAAAAAUUGCAGAAGUAUCGGUACAACUUCAGACAAAGGAAGGUGAAUCUGAUCCUCUAAUAGGCCUGGAAAAAGGAGUUGGUGCAAUAGAUGAUGUAGCUCUGCCGAUAGCCCCAAUUAGAAAAGCAGACAAGGACUUAAAUGCUUGAAGAUUGCGAUUCUUAUUUAGCAUUCCAAGAUGCAUCAAUCUGAAUUAUGAUGAAAUUGACAAUUCACCAUGGGACUUAUGCAAUUGCAACAAUGCUUCCCCUGCUUCAGAAUCGUAUGAGUAACAAAAAACGCCCAUUUGGAUAGCAGUAUGAAAGUCUAGAUUUGAGAUGUCACCAUUAUUCUGUUGUAAGCAAUGCAUUUACUUCCCUGGUUCCUUGUAUAAUUAGAAUAUUUGAAGCAUAGUAAAAGUGAUUUGCUUAGAAAUUAUUUGAGUUCUAGCUGAAUAAUGUUAUCACUUAUAGCAUAUUUCUUAUUUUUAA